GCGCAUAGCGAUUGUGAUGGCGAAUUCGGCGCCACCGUCCACUGAAAUUGAUCCAUUCUGUCAAGAUGUUCUCACAGAUCAAUUUUAUUGGACUGCUAGUGGAUCUGAAACCACUGGUAAAUAUAAAAAUGCACCUGGUAUCCAAGUCAGCCCACAGAAACAGAAACCUCAAAACUCACAGUACUCAGUAGCAGACUAGUGAACGCUUUAAAAAUGUCUUCCACCGACGCUAUCAAUAGUUUCGCUAACAAAAAUGGUCUUUUCGUCGAUUGGACAUUCACUAGCGAACUUGCUGGGGCUCCGAACCCCGUCUUGUGGACGUGCACAUGCUUUGUGGGAAACAAGACCUACGUCGGGGGCGCAUUCUCUAAACAGAAGGCUGCCAAGAACGACGCCAGCAAGUUGGCUUGCAACGAUUGGGGCGUCACGGUCCAGGCUUGACGUACCCUGCGUAUCACAUCUGCAUAUCUUUCCCGCUACCUUAGUUGCCUUAUAAUUCCGUGUCAUCAACAUCAACACAUGUCAUGUUUGAUCAUUUCCCGCUGUUCUUACUUUUUUCUUAGUCUUCCAAUACUUAGAAAUUUAAUCCUUAAAGC